AUGCGUCGAAGACCGGUAUCUCCAUCGGCAAAGGACAAGAACUCCCUUCAUCCCAUUGCCGUGGCCAAGUCUGCUACCAUCAAGAAGCUGCACGAGAUCGCAGCAGCUCAUUUGAACCUGCCUUCCGUUUUCGACAGAGAAGCAGUUGAUUCGGAGUGCAACUGCAGCUUCGCAAAGCAGCUCGCAGACGACGAAUCAUCUUCAGAUCAUGUUCUGGUAGGUAGCCCUGCAGAUGCCGCGCCAGCGAAUUCACAAGAGCUGACGCAUUUCUUAGGUCGUGUCAUCAAAGAGCGUUGUCGAUCGCUUGGCUCUCGCUACUCCCACGCUACUGACCUGAACAGCAAGAAGGUUAUCAAGCAUGGAGGCGUACUCAGUCUCUCCGACUCCAAGUAUGCCAAGACUCCAGUGGUAGCAAUCUGCUCCAAGCAGCGUCAUGUUCCAGUCCACGCUCGCACCGAUGAGCCAGACGACGGCGGAUUCCGCUUCCGACUCAUCGAUUUGCACACAUCCGAGCUACCGAUCAGCAGCAACAGCAUGGAUGCGACACUUGCCGAGGCACAUCUUGAUCAUAUUGUAAACGAUGGAGUGCUUGACAUCUAUGUUGUCAGCCGCGCCUCCACAGGCACAGGCAUUACUGCAACUGGACGUAAUGCCAUUUUCCGCGCGAGACCGCAUUGGGACCCGAACGUACAGCAGACUGAGCGCGGCACCGCAAUGUUCCUGUCUGCACUCCGCGUUUUUUGCCACCUGGUCCCUUCUAAGGAUGCAGACCGCCGCAUGAAAGACGCUGUGCUUCAUGUCUUCGACCUCCUGACUAGAUUUCCCCCGGCGCUUCGCUCUCUGCUGGUCUUGAUCGAUGGCAAGACUCCAACGGCUGCCGAGAGCUCAGCCUUGGCUCACGCUGUUUACGAGUCCAUUCACGAAAUCAUCAUGCCGACUGGCAUCAUUGGCACUGACAAGGCACGCGUCUUUGAAGGUGCUCGAUUAUUCUUCGGCUUCGUCUUGGAGAAGGCGCGCUCGGUAAAGCUUCCGGACACCGUCAAGGACGACGACCUCCCAUACUUGUCUGCAUUCGAUGCUAUCGAGAUCAAAGACUUCAAGACAUCAGAGCCAAUCAAGUAUCUGAUGAUGACCGCGUCUGGCAUGGUGGAGAAGGGUCUGUACACGGCUUUUGACAAGGAGAAGAAUGGUGUACUGCACGAGAGUCACCUUCAGCCAAUGUUGGUGCCUCUCGAACCUAUGCCACUGGCUUGUCGGACGGCAUUGCUCAGCGCUGGCUCGGCUGCAGAACCUCUCAUAUUCGAUCAGAAGCGUCUGAAUGGCGCUUAUGGUUAUGCUGAUGGUGGUGAGCUUGGCGCAGCAGUCGAUGUCAGUGAGCUGGCAGACUUUACUCAUCUGGCCGAGCUUGCCGCGCGCAACAAACUCGCGGUCCAUCGUCCGAGCCAGCUGGCCUCGUCAGUCGCGCCAUGCCUUACCUUCGACCGCAAGGGUCAUCUCGCUGUCUACACUGGCCAAGCUGGAUGCGCUGCUCCCGGGGAAUCUGACAUGAUCUUCAGACCGAUGCACGGAGAAGAGACCAUGAACCCGCCGGUGGUCGAGCAGCUCAUUGCACCAAUCAUAAAGCAGUAUGAGGCUGAAGGAACCGCCGUCUUCGACAGCUUUGGUGGCGCAACGGUGCGCCGCCUUCAGGCACCCGACGAGCUCCUCAUGUUCUGUGUGGACAACAGCGCGAGCAUGCGCUCAGCCACAGACUUCGCUGAAGUCAAUGACUUCGAGCCAGCGUUCACGAGCGAUGAGAUGACUGCAGACAGCGUUGUUGAAGGCGAAAUCUACAAUCGGUCUAGCUUUGACGAUAUGAAGGAGUACCUCAACAAAUAUGAAGGCAUCUCUGAUAUGCUCGCCAUUGUCGCAGAAGCGCCGUUCUACCUUCGGCUGCACUAUUCCCACCAGGUCCUUGAGCUUUUGCGGACCAUGCUUGGCAACGAGAUAGUGGCAAAGCAUAAGGAGCGAGAAGAGAGAUCUCAAUACCUUCGUGGGUGGUAUGCACGUCAACACAACGCUGAGCUGGACACUAAGCUCAGGAGUCUGAAAGCACAGUGGGCAGGUCUCAAGACGCACGAAGAAGCGCUCACUCAGUUCUUGAUAUUCCGUGCUACCACGACUCCGGCUGCUGCCACGGACUGGAAGUGGUCUCCUGGAGAUGAGCUUCCGGCAAACUCGGCGCCAAACAGGAUACCUACCCUUCCAGAAGCCUUGACAGAGAUGCCAGAUCGCCUGGUCUGCCCUGUUAGUCGCGAUCUCAUGUCGGACGCUGUGAAGGCCAGUGAUGGUUUCACGUAUUCUCGUCAAGCAAUUGAGCAGUGGUUCUCCAUUCGGAAGUCUUCUCCCAUGACCGGCCUUUCGCUUACCGAUACUCAUUUGACACCCGAUGAUGAGGUAUCUCGGGCUGCCGCAGACUGGGUCCUGGGCUCUGACGAUCAUGCUUGUCAGGCAUCGCCACCAGCGAAGAAGACGCGUUUGUCUGCUCCAGACUCGACAGAGCUGAAGGUCACAUUUCUUAGCAAGAACGGACCAUUUACGAGGACCAUCACAGCCGACACCAGCGUGAACGAGCUGUACAAGGUCGCCUUCCGUGGCUUGAAGGCACGUUUCACUGUGUUUCAGCUUGCGCUCGACGAAUCCAACCCUUUGAGACCUUCCCCGGAGACUGCGUCCUCUCGUGGAAUCCAGGACGGCCAGCAAAUCAUCAUCCGCUUGGCCGAAGAGAUGGCCGGUGCCGAUAGUGCAAGCUCUUCUUCAAAUGGUAAUGCUACCGCCAACGACAAUGUGCUGAUCAAAGUCUACAAAUACCAAAGCUUCUGCUUCAGCUUUUGGGUAAAGCGUUCCGCUACAGCUGGGACUCUGGCAUCCAUCGCUUGGAAGUACUAUCGCCACUCCUUCCACGAAUCUGGAAUUCCAGGCUUUCACGAUGUCAAUGUUUGGACUGACCUGUACUCAUCGGGCGAUGGUCUGCUGAACGGAGCUUGCAAUGAAGUCACUACGAGCCUCCAUCAGUUCCUCAACGCCGCUCACUGUCGUGGAAAGCUGGAAGAGGAGCCAGUACACUCCGAGCGCAGCUUUCUGCCGAGCUCUUCGAGAUCGACUCAGGCCCUGGUACUUAAAGUCGAAAUUGAGAAGCGUCGUACAUCCACCGGCCACGAAAUUCCGAAGAUGUCUCGACUAGACGUUCUCAAGCAACUGUUUGAAGCGCUGAUUAACAGAUCGAUCGCCUACGGCUACAAGACUCACGUUGGACUCAUUACCUUCGCUUCGAACGUUGAAGUUCAGGUCCCGAUGACGCACGUUGUGGAACAGUUUCGCUCUCAGUCGAAUGCUAUGCAUGCCCAAGGCGACACUGCCUUGUGGGACGCUCUAGCGAUGGCGAAGGAUCAGCUGGACGAGUACGCAAAGAAGUAUCCUACUGCCCGUCGUCGCAUCAUAGUCAUCAGCGACGGCGAGGAUACAAAGAGCGUUACUAAUGCGCCACAAGACCUUGCUUGGAGCUUCAUGCAGGACAAGACUGUGGUAGACAGCAUUGCUCUCGGCUCACACACUGCUCGGGACCUUCGUGGUCUCUCAUAUCUUCUUGGAGGUUACGCCUUCCAUCCAACUUCUCUGGCUAAUGCGCUUGCCGUCUGCGAGCUGGAACCAUUUCUGUCGAUCACCGAGCGACCAGAUACGCCACUGCCACUGGGAACUUCGACUUCCCGACCGUUAGUGAAAUCAAAAUUCUAUCAGGCUCGGAGCAACGCGAGAUGGACCAAAUUUAACGAAAACCAGUUUCCAGCUCGAAAGGAGCACCCAAACAUGAACAACAGUUUCAUCCUUCUCUCCGCAGCUUCAGCUCGGUCCAUCGGCCAUUCGGCGCCAGGCAGUGCCGGAGCAUCUCGUGGCCUUCGCAUCAAUCGUUUGAUGAAUGAGCUACGCAGCAUUGUGGCUCAUGUCAGCGAUCGCAAAUACGACGUCUACGUCAGCGAGCAGGACAUGACGUUCAUGAAAGUCGUCAUGGAGGGCCCAGAAGACAGUCCAUAUUCUGGAGGUACCUUCAUGCUCUACCUUCAUGUUGGCGAGCAGUACCCGACUUUUGCGCCAGACGUUCGCUUCAUCAGCCGCAUCAGUCACCCAAACAUCUCGCUGCAUGGCAAGGUCUGCCAUGCCCUUCUGUCCCGUGACUGGACUUCAGAUACUAGUCUGCUCACUGUGCUGGACACUGUCUAUGGCCUGCUCCUUCAAGCAGAGACCUCCGAUCCCGUCAACACGACCGAUGCGCUUGGGUACUUACACGAUCAGGUGGAGUGGGCAGAGUCGGUGCGUGAGCAUGUUCGCAAGCAUGCCAGCAAGACGCGGGAGCAGUGGAAGCAGGAGUUGUUGGAAGUUCUUAGCCAUGCAAAGCUGCAGAAAACUUAUGUAGACGAUGAAACUGAACUGAACGUCAAGCGAAAAUUCGCAUUCGUAGUCUCCUCUCUCAUCGACGCUGCUGAAAUCCCAUUUUCGAGUUGCAGCCUAGGAGCACAGCUUCAGAUCUUGACGUCUCACGACAUGAUCCUCCUACGGGGCCACAACAUCAGCAGCGAAGUUGUGCUCACAUGCAACAAUACGAUUCUGGUCCUUGGGAACUCUUGCCUGCCUGCCUGCCUGCCUGCCUACAAUGCGACUGCCCGCCCGCCCGCCCGCUUGCAGUUCCAUCUUCCUUUGACACUUGAACAUCUCUCUGCUCAAGGAAAAUUUCGACAUGAAUUAGGUAGUCACUCACUCCAGCCCGCAACACAAGAAAAUGUAGUAUCUCCAAAAAAAGGUAUACGCAAAGAUCAUAAGACUUGUUUCGAUGAGAGACGGAGGAAGAAUUGGUUUCAUAUAUACAUACAUAUGCUAGCCAUGCUUUCGCUCAGAAAAAAAGAUGAAUGCAUCCGGGGAGAAAGCCAUCUUAACAUCUACUUUACUUGCACGAGUUCCUUCAUCACCUCAUGCGUGUGUCUGUCCAAGGCCGUUUCUGUUCCCGUCCGUCCGUGA